AUGAUUAUUCUCAGGAACAAGCGACGGGGAAUGUGCGGCAGAGCAAGUAUCGAGAAACUUUGUAGUCGAUGUUUAUUUAUAUUUCCUGUAGUGGCAAGCAUCACUGUAAUCUGGACUCUGUUCAUUGCAAGUAACAAUAUAACGACAAAACUCACGGAUAUAUUGGCUGAAGUGGAUUUGAACGAAACUAAUGUGAACACACAUAAAGGUUACAUAACGUUGAACGAAAUUAAUGAAUUCGUUUUCAAACCAUUCGGUUAUGAAAUUAUUGAGGCUACUCUCCCUGUCCCAACUGUACAUAUGCUGAAUGAACCAUCGUGUGGCUUCAUUUUUUCUGAAUGGCUCAGAGUUUCCCAAAAGCCACAGCCAUCAAUUCCGCCAAAAGAAAUUCCAGAAUCGUUUUCCGACGAAUUUUUAUUAAACGGUUACGCUGGUUUGACUAAGUGGUACUUCAACGAUCAUUCAUCGACUGGAGACAGCCCCAGAAACUGGAAUCGAACUUCGGAGUUUAUGAGUUUUUCGAAAGCCGAGCUGGGAGCUUUAGCAUAUAACAAAGAGUCCGAGUCAAUGUACAAUGCAAUGAGCGGUUACCCCCUCAGAAGCAAAAGUGGAUUAGUGAUUGGAAGUAUGCAGCCUUGGGUCGAAGUUAUGGCUCUCAAACACGGUGUACGAAAAGUUCUCACCGUGGAAUACAAUUCAUUAACUAUUCCAAAUGAGUUUAGAGGCCGAUUAUCUGCAACCAAACCUGUGGAAUUUGCAGAAAACUGGCAAACAUACGCUGGAACAUUUGACUUUGCUGCGUCAUUCUCGUCUAUAGAGCACUCUGGAUUAGGACGAUCGCACAGAAAGGAAGAGAUGUAUUUGACAAGACUGAAAUUAUCAAAAGCAUCCAAUAAAACUAACAACAAAGUUCAUAACUCAACAUCUUUUGAUUUACAAGAUUUCAAUGUUUAUACCUUCAAAGGGUAUAUUUCUUUGUCAGAGUUGAAUGAAGAUGCUUUCAAACCGCUCGGAUAUGAAAUCAUAAAACCAACACUGCCGGUACCUACUCUUCGUAUGCUCAACGAACCGACAUGCGAGCAAGUUUUCAAAGAUUGGCUCAAAAUUUUGAGCGAACGACAACCAGAAACUCCACCGGUUCAUUUACCAAUCAUUCACGCUGAUGAUUAUUUAAUCAAUGGAUAUUCAGCGUUGAGUUGGGCAUAUAUGAAUAAUAACACAAAAAAAGAGAUGAAACCGAAAAAUUGGGAUAGAAUUGGAGAGUUUUUGAAUUUUUCAAAUUCCCAGUUAGCUGCUCUGGAAUACCAAAAAGAGUCAGAAUCGAUGUAUCACGCAAUGAAUGAUUUCAAAAUUAAAGGAAUGACGGGAUUUGUUGUUGGUAGUAUGCAACCGUGGUUGGAAGUAAUGGCCCUUCAACACGGUGCACAACGAAUUUUGACUGUGGAACACUAUUCUCUUGAUAUCCAAAACGGCUUUGAAGAUCAGUUAUCAUCAGUUCAUCCUGAAGACGUGGCAAAAAAUUGGCAACUAUAUUCUAACCAAUUCGAUUUUGCCGCCACAUUUUCAGUUCUGCAACAUGUGGGACUUGGAAGGUAUGGAGAUCCACUGGAUGCAAAAGGAGACUUGAGAGAAAUGCACAAAAUCAGAUGUAUGCUCAAAAAAGGCGGUCUACUUUUCCUAGGUGUUCCAUAUGGAACGGACUCAAUCCAAUACAACAUUCAGCGAGUUUAUGGAUCACUCCGAAUGGCAAUGAUGUUUUAUGGCUUUGAAUGGAUUGCUUCGUAUUCUGGAGACAGCGAGAAACCAUUCGAGCUACACUCGAAACGUUUGCAUAAGCAAUCAUUGUUCUUGUAUACCCAUUAUACAUUAGUUCUGAAAAAACUAUAA